AUGGUUGACAAGGAGAAGUGGUUUUACGAGGAUUUCGGUCUUGUUCAGAUUGGUUUUUACUCGACCGCCGAAGAUGAGGAGAAACGAGAGGGACGUGAAGGUGAUUGGGCUCAAUUCGAGCAUACCAACGCGAAGAUCUUUGAGGAUUUCGAGUUGGUGAGAAAAGAGAUCGCCGAUGAGACGGAUCGAUCGACCGGAACAAAUAAGGGAAUCGAUGACAAGCCGAUUUCGUUGAGGAUCUUCUCGGAUCGUUUCCCCAAUUUGACGCUAGUCGAUCUUCCAGGAAUGACGAAAAUCCCUGUCGGCGAUCAACCACUUGAUAUUGAACAACAAAUCCUCAAAAUGAUCAUGCACUACAUCAACAACCCCAACUCGAUUAUCCUGGCGGUAACUCCAGCGAAUCAGGAUUUUGCUACUUCUGAACCGAUGAAAAUGGCCAAAGAGGUCGAUCCGGAAGGUGAGCGAACGUUGGCGGUUUUGACCAAGUUGGAUUUGAUGGAUCGUGGCACAAAUGCUUUGGACAUCCUAUCGGGUCAACUCGUGGACGUAAAGUUAGGAAUCGUCGGUGUGGUGAAUCGUUCACAGGCUGAUAUCAUGGCCGAGAAGCCAAUGGACGAGGCCUUACAAGCCGAAGAAGCAUUCUUCCAGAAAGAGUAUCCGAAUUUCGCGAAAACCCAGGGCACACGCUAUUUGUCCGUGAGACUUAAUGUGCUCUUGAUAAAUCACAUUCACGAAUGUCUGCCAAGUUUGAAAGACCGAGUGGCAUCGCUCAUCAGCCAGUAUGAGGUCAAGUUGAACGUCUACGGAAGGCCGAUCGAGGACAAGAAUCAAGCGCUGCUGAAAAUCCUUACCAAG